GCUGGUUGCCAUGGAAGGUUAUCAAGUGCAAAACCGGCUGGGAGGCAAAGACACCCUGCGGCCUGAGCAAAGACAUUGAACCUGCCGGUCGGACCGGCGGAUACAGGAUAAAAUACGGACCCCGGGGUUGAAGGGGUGACUAACUUAUUAGGACGCAGUAAGGUGCACUGUGUUUUUACAGUAGGAAGAGCGAGCGAGUGAUUAAGUCUGUCAGAUUCAGUAUGUCUGCGUGGCUGCAGCAGGAGGCUGGUUCAACCAGUUCUGCUGAACCCAAGAAAUCAGAGCCCAGAGGCCAAGAGAAGAAAUGCUCAUGGGCGUCUUACAUGACAAACUCCCCCACGUUAAUUGUCAUGAUCGGCCUCCCUGCCAGAGGCAAAACAUACAUGUCGAAGAAGCUCACACGCUACCUCAACUGGAUAGGAGUUCCCACAAAGGUGUUUAACCUUGGUGUGUACCGGAGGGAAGCAGUUAAAGCAUACAAGUCAUAUGAUUUCUUCAGACAUGACAAUGAGGAAGCCAUGAAGAUACGGAAACAAUUUGCCUUGGUGGCCCUGCAAGAUGUCAAGGCCUACUUUAAUGAGGAAGGUGGACAAAUAGCUGUAUUUGAUGCCACAAACACAACCCGGGAGAGGCGUGAUCUUAUAUUAAAUUUUGUACAGGAAAAUGCAUUCAAGGUGUUUUUUGUGGAGUCAGUAUGUGAUGAUCCAGAGGUUAUUGCUGCAAACAUCCUGGAAGUCAAGGUUUCAAGUCCAGAUUAUCCAGAAAGACACAGAGAGAGAGUCAUGGAUGAUUUCCUGAAACGCAUCGAAUGUUAUAAAGUCACUUACCAACCACUAGAUCCUGAUGAAUAUGAGAAAGACCUGUCCUUCAUCAAGGUGAUGAACGUGGGCCGCCGGUUCCUGGUAAACCGUGUUCAGGACUACAUCCAGAGCAAGAUUGUCUACUACCUCAUGAACAUCCACGUACACUCGCACUCCAUCUACCUCUGCAGGCACGGAGAAAGCGAGCACAACGUCCAGGGCCGCAUCGGAGGAGACGCUGAACUCUCCUCCCGGGGGAGACAGUUUGCCAGUGCCCUGCGUGGGUUCAUUAAGGAGCAUAUUAAGCUCUCUGACUUGAAGGUUUGGACCAGCCAGUUAAGGAGAACCAUCCAGACGGCUGAGGAGCUGGGAGUUCCCUAUGAGCAGUGGAAAAUCCUCAAUGAGAUAGAUGCCGGUGUAUGUGAGGAGAUGACCUAUGAAAUGAUCCAGAACACAUUCCCAGAAGAGUUUGCCUUAAGGGAUCAGGACAAAUACCACUACAGAUAUCCAGGAGGGGAGUCAUAUAUGGACCUGGUUCAGCGACUGGAACCUGUGAUUAUGGAGCUUGAGAGACAAGGCAAUGUACUAGUCGUCUGCCAUCAGGCGGUUAUGCGCUGCCUACUAGCUUAUUUCUUGGACAAGAGUGCAGAUGAUCUCCCCUAUUUGAAAUGUCCCCUUCACACAGUCAUGAAGCUCACUCCUGUUGCCUAUGGUUGCAAAGUGGAAAUGUUUUAUCUGAAUGUGGAGGCAGUGAAUACACAUAGGGACCGACCACUGGGGAAAGUCAGACGAGACUCUGCCCCUCUGCUGCUAAGGCGGAAUAGUUACACCCCACUUUCCAGUCAUGACCAGGUUAAGCGGCCCCGUCUCUACAGCGCUGGCAACCGGUCCUGGCUGCCCCUCACCCCCUCCCCCACCGCCCUGCACUUCCCUGACACACCAGACGGGGCGCUGCUGCUUCAGCAAAGCCAAUCUCGUGUGGUUGGCAGUCAUCUGACUCCUUGUGUGAAGGAAUCAACUUUGACUGCCCAGACGAAGCUAAUGACUGUUUCCGCUUCUGAGUGAGAUGGGAGAAUUUCCAAAAUCCUGCAUGACACUGAAACUUUGCUUUUAGACUCCCAACCUCCUGCUUGCUUUAUCAGUGCUAGGACUACAUUUCCCAUCAACCCCCUGCAUGACAAAUCCCCACUGAAUGAUGGAAUGUAUAUGAAUGAUAUGAAUAUAUAUAUUUAUGACCCAACAAAGAAUAUUUAUUUUAAGCGAUAAUGCCUUAUUGAAGAUUGAACAAAGGAGAAUCCUCUCUAUGAUCCUCUUGAAUGUU